AUGAGUAGUUAAUUUGAGGCCGACUACUAGAUCAGUGAGGAUUCCUAAUUUAUAGAACAAAUCAAUUAGAAAUUAUCCAAGAUUAGAAAUAACUUAGGAAUAGACAUCUAUGAUCAAGAGAACCUAAAAACUCCAUAAUCCGAACAAUCAGGUCGAAAUAAUGAACAUAACACGUUCGGAAGGGAUAGGAAAACUACAGAGUCUAAAAAUAAUUUAUAAGAUGUCCAGGAACUCAAUUUCAUUACUAGUUCUAAACAUAAGAAUAAUAAUAUUAAUAAUAAUGAUUACUAAUAUUCAGGACAAAGUGGCAAAGAAGAACAACAAUACUAGAUAUCACAAUCAGGUACUAAGGAUGACAUCUUACCUCAACAAAUUAGCUUCUUAUAAAAUAAACUGGAGGCUCUGAAAUAAAUUUAUCCAACUCAGGGUUAAGAUCAAGCUAGCUUCCUUGAGAGAGAGAAUGUCUAUCUAAAGAUUGAAUUGGAAUUAAAAUCAAAAUAGGAAAGAUUCUUAAGAUAAUAAUUAACAACAUUAACAGAAGAAUAUAAUUUGAAAUAAUCACAAUUGCAACAAAGUAUCUAAGAUUUAAAGCAACAACACGAGGAGUUUGUUUAAGCUACAGAUCUAACUUAAGAUAUCAAAUAAUAUAUCUUGUCAUUGGAAUCCGACUUGCAUUUGACCAAAGGGGAGUUAGACUUGUUCACAUAACGAUUAUCGAAAGAAUAAUCUGAAAAAGAAAUUCUACAGAAUCAAAUCAAUAAUAUUCAUAACAAAAGCCAAAGACGAAUUCUAAAAACUGUAUGA